CGCACACACUCGCCUCUACUGCUGCUGGAACGUAACAGGCGUGCGGCUGUUGAUGUUUUGUUUUGUUUUGUUUAUAUUAGUUUGCUGGACGAUCGCGUACACAACCGAGUAACGAUCGCCGCGUCCUUGCGCAGGAGCUCUGAAGUGGUUACAACAAGACAGCGACACCUCCCACGCUCGUUCUCAUCCGGAGCUCCAUUUUGCCUGUCAUUCAGCCUCCUGUGUGUCUAGCGAGCGUCUUAGCACAAUCUCUUUCAACAGCUUUCUGAAGUCUGGCAGAUUAAUCUUUCCUUUGCAAAUACUCAUCCCAACAUUCUGUCUCGAGACAGACACACGUGGAAAGGUUUUGUUCAGUGAAUGUUUCUGAGUGAAAACGCAGCCAAACAAGUGCAGGGAGGACGCAGCACAACUGUCACUAUGCAUAUUUGACAAAUACUUGGGGGCCAAUCAGGCAAGCUGAUGACGAUGAAGAUGAUGAGCUCUUGCCGUAGUGUCUGAUGGUUUGAUAAUAAUGGACAUCCCCAAUGGCCAGCCCAGCGUCUCCACCUUCACGACCCCAGCAUCAGAGAAGAGCAGCAGUUCAGAGUCGCUCAGUGAAAAGGGUUCAUCAGAGCUCAAGAGUUUUGACGCUGUGGUCUUUGAUGUGCUGAUGGUCACGCCAGAGGAAUAUGCAGGUCAGAUCACUCUCAUGGAUGCUCCAGUGUUCAAAGCCAUCCAGCCUGAGGAGCUCUCAAGUUGUGGCUGGAACAAAAAGGAAAAGCACAGUUCAGCUCCAAAUGCUGUAGCCUUCACACGACGCUUCAACCAGGUGAGUUUCUGGGUGGUGAGGGAGAUUCUCCAUGCCCAGACAUUAAAGAUCAGAGCUGAAGUGUUGAGUCUCUACAUCAGAACAGCAAAGAAACUGUGUGACAUGAAUAAUCUCCAUGCAGUGAUGGCUGUGGUCUCUGCAUUACAAAGUGCUCCCAUCUUUAGACUCACUAAGACCUGGGCUCUUUUAAGUCGGAAAGACAAGACCAUGUUUGAGAGGUUGGAGUAUCUGAUGUCUAAAGAAGACAACUAUAAACGCUUGAGAGUUUAUAUCAGCAGCCAGAGCAUGACGUCCUGCAUCCCAUAUCUGGGUAUAUAUCUAUCUGACCUGACCUACAUUGAUUCGGCGUAUCCCUCUACUGGCAGCAUUCUAGAAAACGAGCAGCGCUCAAACCUUAUAAACAAUAUUCUGAGAAUCAUCUCAGAUCUGCAGAGAUCCUGUGAAUACGAUAUCCCAGUAUUGCCGCAUGUCCAGAAGUAUCUAAAUUCUGUUCGCUACAUUGAGGAGCUACAGAAGUUUGUUGAGGAUGACAAUUAUAAGUUGUCUCUAAAGAUUGAGCCACCAGCUACCAGCACAUCUCGAACCACUGCCUCUAGAGAAGAUCUCACGGGUCCAGACAGUUCCGCAUCCCCGUUAUGUGGACGUCAAGGAAAUGUUGCUGAGGGUGCCCACCCCAAAGUUCCGCCCACCCCACCCUCGCCCCGAAACCUCAUCACCUACGGACACAGAAAGUGCCACAGCCUUGGCUACAAUUUUAUUCACAAAACAAGCACGGCAGAGUUUAAAAGUGCAACGUUCCCCAACGCUGGAUCCAGACACCUGCUGGAUGACAGUGUGCUGGAAAGCCACACACCCACACGAGGGCAUGCGGAGAGCUCAACGCUGUCGAGUGGCAUUUCACUGGGAAGCAGUGAAGGGUCAGAGCUCAGUGAAGAGAUGUCUUGGCCUGCUUUUGAGAGGACUCGACUCUAUCACUCUCUGGGUCCUGUCAGCCGAGUGGGCCGCAUGUCCUGCAGAGGAGCGCUCAGGCCCAGCAGUUCUGCUGAGUCGGAGGAGCUAGCCGUGCAUCUGUACCCAGGGGCCGUCACAGUCCAGGGCGUCCUGCGCAGGAAAACUGUCCUCAAGGAGGGCAAGAAGCCAACGGUGGCAGCGUGGACUAAAUAUUGGGUGGCUCUUUGUGGUAAUCAUCUUUACUACUAUACAGCUAAGUCCCUCAAAGCCACAGAAAGAAAACAUUUUAAGUCAACUGCCAGCAAAACGGUUCCUGUUGUGGGCUUGAUGGCCAUGAUGGCAGAUGACCCGGAGCAUCCCGACGUCUUCAUGCUGACAGACUCUGAGCACGGAAACUCAUAUAAGUUCCAGGCAGGGAACAGAAUGAACGCUUUACUAUGGUUCAAACAUUUAAGUGCGGCAUGUCAAAGCAACAGGCAACAGGUCCCAGCGAAUCUAAUGUCCUUUGAAUGAAUGAGACCAGGACAAAUCAAAAACAUUGGGAGCUGAUGAACGGCUGGAUGAGUAGAGAGCAGAGGAAUACGAGGAUUACCGGGGGUAGGGGGGCAAAGAGGCCGGAGAUGAAUAAAAAAGCUAAAGACUCCAGUGUUUCGUGUGUUGGAGCUUUUCCACUGCCGUCACCCAGCCUGAGCCCCACAGCAAGCUCUCUAGCACCACUGCCUUAACAAGCAGAGUGUGUGUGU